GAUAUUAUUGUUUAUUAGUAUUAGUAAUAGUAUUGCUAUUAUAGCAGUGAAACCCAAAAUUUGAGAGAGAAAUGCAUUGAAAUAAAUAAAUAAGUGAUUCAUUCAAUCAAUCAAUCAUUGAUUUGCGCGCAAAACUAAUGCAACAUUUCGGAGGCCAAUCUUCGCUAGCCGUCGAUGACCACCAACUCAAGUGGUCACUUGAGUAAUAACCCGAUAAUCGUUUAAUUUGUGAUUCAAACGGGUCGGCCAAUCGGCGCAAACAACGGUCAGCACAAUGUUGCCCGGAAUCGGUAUCUUUGGUUGCGGCGAAUUGGUACGCAUUUUAGUGGCCAAUCUCCGAUCAAAAGGUUUCCGCGUGGAAGCCAUUUGGUCGCACUGUCUCGAAACAGCCCAACAAAUGGCCCGCGAAUUGGACAUCAAAUUGGCCACCGAUGUUAUCGAUCGGGUAUUGUUGGAGUCGUCCAUCCAAUUGAUUGUUAUCGCUUGUCCGCCACAUCUUCACGAACAGAUUGCCACCAAAGCGUGCGGUAUCGGCAAACAUGUACUGUGCGACUGUCCGCCCGCGCUAUCCUACGAUCAGAUGUUGGCCAUGAAAAAGGCGGCCUUUAACUAUCCGUCACUGAUCACCAUAUUCUUCAAUACUCUAAGAUUUUUGCCGGCAUUUGUCAAAAUGAAAAGUUUGAUUGCCGACGGAUAUAUUGGCCAAAUCAAUGUCAUCAACUGUAAUGUCUUCGGCAGUUCACUACAAGGUUUGGACAAUUAUUCUGUCAGUUGUGAUGAACUGAUGGGCGGCGGUCUAUUGUCCACAAUCGGCACACAUGUUAUCGAUAUUAUUACGUUUGUUACCGAACUACGUGCCAAACGGGUUACCGGAAUAGUUAAAAGUUUUAAUCAACUCAAAGAUAAUGUGUUUGGACUGAGAAGGAUAACGGCCGACGAUUUUGUUACCUUUCAGAUGGAAAUGCAGAACAGCUUAACCGUCGCUAACGUGACACUGAACUCACAUUAUUGCGGGAAAUUUAGUCACGAAAUAUUGAUAUGCGGUUCAAAAGGAUAUCUUGUUUGUCGUUCCGGUGAUCUAUACGCUCAGCUCAACAGUUCUGGGAAAGAGGAACUACUAUUUGCCGACAGUGACGACCCAAUCAGUGAUAACUGUCCCUACGGCAAGGGAUUGUCUCGUAUGUUAUCGGCCCUGAAGAACGCCUUUCAGUUUUCACCUGAAACRGAAUGUAUGCCCAACGGCUUCAACGAUGGCGAUGGACAUCCAAACAACGGCAGCGGUGUUGACGUCCAUAGCAAUGAUGAGAUUCUUCAUCGAUGGGCCAAAGAAGCUGUUGGUUUGGCCGCCAAUUUUGAGGACGGCCUCUACGUUCAGGCAGUGAUUGAGGCGAUUAAAUACUCGUCGAAAAACAGGGAAUGGGUUCGCAUUAAAUACGAUAUGAAUUGA